CCUCCCGCCUCCUGUGCGCCUCACUGCGCAGUCUGCAGCCUCCCGCACAUGUGGCAGGUGGAGCACUGACCGCACCAGCAGUUAUCACCGGAGACCUUGAGAUGGCGGACGGGUCCGGGAAGACGUCACCGCAGAGCCCCAGAGGCGGCACUCUGCCUGCAGGUAUGGAUAGUCUUUUCAAGACUGAUGAACGACAAAGACUGGCCAAAGAAAGACGGGACGAAAGAGAGAAAUGUCUUGCUGCCAGAGAUCAACAAAUUUUGGAAAAGGAAAGAAGAGCAAAACUGCAGUAUGAGAAACAAAUUGAGGAGCGGUGGAAGAAGCUGGAGGAUCAGCGUAUAAAAGAGGAGCAGAAGCGGGCGGCAGUAGAAGAAAAGAGAAAGCUGAAAACCAGAGAAGAAGAGGAGCGACUGGGGGCUAUGAUGAGGCGCUCCCAAGAACGCAGUCAGCAGCUGGAACAGAAGCAGAAGCGAUGGUCCUGGGGUGGGGCCUUGGUUGCCGGAUCUGGAAGAGAUGCCUGUGACAAACUAUCAUCCUCUACAAUGAGUCUACAGAGGCCAGUGGACUCGCCGAUCAGUAAGAGGCUCUCCGCUUCCACCGCUGCAAUCACACAUUCCCCUGAUCGAGCCCAUCGCAUGUACCUUAGUCCCAUGGAAAAUUUCCUAGUCAGUCGCUUGCUCACACCAACACAUUCUUCCUUAGUCAGAAGCAGGAGUACAGCCAUGCUUCACGAAUCCUGUGAUUCCAUGUCAGUCUUCCAUGUGUGUCCUCGUGUAGCCUCUGCUAGCCCUCUUAAAUCUCCUUUCAAAUCUUCACCUGCUCGGAGUACUGAUAGAAGGAAGACUUUAACGUCGCCUAAUGGAGCAGAAGGAACUAAUGCACUCAGGUCUCCAGAGUCGAAGCAACCAGAAAAGUUAAAGAAAGAAAAACGAUCGUCAACUCCUGUCCCAGCCUUAGGUAGUCCAAUUCGAAGGCCUGAGUCUCCUGCAACAUUUUCCAAGAAAUCAUCUUCUCCUGCAACGCCAAAAUCACUUUCAAAAUCUUACUCACAGUCUCCAGCUAGGAGCAGCAAGCAAUACCCAGCGUCCCCUGUCAAGUCUAAGCCUAGUCCAAAUCUCAGUCAGGAUACACCAAAAAAGAAGGCUGAGAAACAUCAAACAUCUCCUAAAACAGAAGAACAUCCAGUGGAGUCUAAAGCUGAACCUGCUAAACCUGACAAGACUACCUCCCCUGGAGAGAAGAAAGAAGCAAAUGAAAGCUUCAGCAAGAUGACUGCGGGUACAACUGAUGCAGAUGAGGCCACAAAAAUCCUAGCUGAGAGAAGGCGUCAGGCUCGCCUGCAGAAGGAGCAGGAAGAGCAGGAGAGACAUGAGCGCGAGGAAGCAGAAAGGCAGAGAAUGGAAGAGGAAGGCAGGAAGGCUGAAGAAGAGAGGCGCCGUUUAGAAGAAGAAGCAUGUCUUCUGGCUGAGAGGAAAAAACAGGAGGAGGAGGAAGCCAGAAGGAAAUCGGAAGAAGAGUCAAAGGCAAGAGCAGAGGAAGAACGCCUGCAGAAGGAAGCACAUGAGUUGCAACUGCAGGCCUACUUGGAGAAACAGAAGGAAGAGACUGAACUAAAGGCGAGAGAAGCUGCAGAAGCCUUGAGAAUAGAGAGGGAGCAGAUCAUACAGCAGAUUGAACAGGAACGUCUGGAGAGAAAAAAGAGGAUUGAUGAAAUCAUGAAAAGAACAAGGAAGAGUGAAGUGAUGGAACCUAAGAAGGAAGAGUCUAAAGCAGAUGUUCACAUGCCUUUGAAAAGUGAAAAUAUAGAAACAGAUGAUGAAAAAGGUCAACUCAAUGGGUUUCCAGUAUAUGUGGGAAAUAAAGUACCAACUGUGACAAUCAUUGAAACAAAGCCUCAGGAUCUGUUCCCAAGUGGCCUCAAGACGAGUGCAGGUACCAUCCAUCUUGAUGUUCUUGAAGGGAAAUGUAACAGCUUGGAUGAUUCUACUGAUGAAGUCCAGUCAAUGGAUGUGAGCCCCGUGUCCAAGGAAGAGCUUAUAUCAAUCCCAGAAUUUUCACCAUUGAAUGAACAUGUUCCUGGUGUGUCACUGGAUCAGAAUGGGACUAAUCAUUCUAAAGCUUUAGAUGAUCUUCUGGACUUCACUGGCCAAGCCACGUACUCCAAGAUAGCCAGUGAAAGCAUACAUAUCGAUGACUGUAAUAGAAACCUUAUUGAUGGAUUUAGCAGUCCCAGUCAAGAACCUAAACUGAACACGAUCUGCUGACUUGCCCAGUGUAAUAUGGGUGCUGCAGAGUAACUCGGCAAGAAACGCGCUUUGGGCCAAUGAAUACUUUUGGCAGUUGACCAUCAAGAAACAAAUAUUGGAUUUUAUUAUCAGAGCUGAAUAUAUCCUGCAAUUCUUCAUCUAUACCGUUUAAAUUAGUUCUGUGUUGGUAAAAAAAAAAAAAAUCUACAGUGGCUGCAUAGUUUGAGUGCGGAAACAUCUGUGGGGCACCUAGUUAAUGAAAAGCUGCUCUUGGUAUUAGAAUGGGUCACUUGCUGUAUGGGUGAUUUUCUACUGCUUUUGGUCUGUCUGUACUUUGCAGUUAUAUUGCAGAAGGUGUUUUUUUUUAUUUUUUUGUUUUUAUUAGGAUUUUCAGCAUUGUAUUCCAAAAAAAAAACAAAUCAGACACGUGAACACUGGAGAAAAUGGGAAUUUCUCUUUGCUAUCAAUAAGGCACACAUUGAACCUCUCCCUACAGAUCCUAGAUGUAUACAAUCAGAUAACGGCAUUCGUUUUGAUGUACUAUAUGGUAACAUCUCCAUCCUUGGGUUAGUACUGGACCAACCCUAUCCAACGAGUUUAAGGGGAUUAUAGUACAAGAACGUAGAGGCCAGUGUUCAAUAGUAGUUUUUUAAUACAUUAUAUUGAUUUCUCAUGGUUCACAUGGUUUUACAGUGUUUGGAUGAAUGUCAUAAAAUAGUUAGUCUGGAGAGCCAGGAUUACCCUCAAAGCUGAGCUCCAGAACUUGUAGUAUCCUUCUUUUUAGAUGCUCAGUUUGAAGCCAACUCUUUCUAAAAUAAUUCAGAGCUUUAGAUUUAAAGUGUACCUAAACCUUCAAGGAAUUUUUUUUAAACUGUUACAAAUACCAUAAUACAGAGUUUUGUAAUAUGCCAGUAUUUUAUUUUUAGAUUUUAUUGCUUUAGUAGUCAGAACAGAACCCGUACGGCACAGCCAUGUAUGCGGUGUACAGAUUAUGACUUCAGUGAACGCUGUACUGGCAGGAGCACACAUCGUUGCCUGUGCCCUCCACUCCACUGAAACUUCUGCCAUACAACAUUGGUGUAGGCGUAUCAUGCACCGAUGCACUAUGCCAGGCGUUAGCGCAAUGAGGACAUGUAGGAGCUCUGCUUAGCACAUUGUUGCUCCUGCACGACCUCGCUCCUCUCCACUAAAGUGUGGUAUAGCCCAUCGAUGCAGGGUAUUCUGCACUGAUGUUCUAUGGCAGAUCCUUAAGCGGAGCAAAAGGCACAGACAAGAGCAGUGAUGUAUGCUUCUGCCAGUGCGGUGCUCACUGAAACACAUAUUGUUGAAGUCAGAAUCUGUAACAUCGGAUACAUGGCUUUGUUGUGCGCUGCAGUGCAUAGCGCUUCAGGAAGGCCCAAGCAUCCGAGCCUGUUUGGCUACUAAAACAAAAUCUAUAAAUAAGAUAUAUUACAAAAAUCAUUACUAUGAUACUUGAAAUGGUUUUUAAAAAUUACUUAAAAUUUUAGGUACACUUUAAAGUGGAGAAAGGUUGAUCACCACUGACAAAGAGAAAUUCACACUAAAUCAUAUUAGUUCUUUGGAUAUGGAUUAAGGUCUUAGGGUGUUCUGGUUACAAUAAGUUAUCCCCUGUCCACUUGCUAGAGGAUAACAAAUUGGUGUGGGUCCAAAUGGGUCACGAUAAGGUGGGUCCUGUAUGAAUGAAGUGGCAGGUCAAGCAUGCUCACAGCCACUCCAUUCAGUCUCUGUGGGACUUUCAGAGAUGGCUGAGCCAUGUACUUGGUUCUCCUGUAAUCCCAUAGAAAUGAAUGGUGAGGCAGUGAGCAUGCUCGACCACAGCUCCAUUCAUACAGAGGACCCGCAUUGUCAUGAUCAGUGGGAGAGCGCAUGACUCGGACCUCCACAGUGGAUAGGAGGUAACUUGUUGCUAAUGGAAUAUGUAAUAAUUAAUUGGCUCAUGUGAUGGAGACAGUUCUGGAUGUGGAUACUUGUAAGCCACAUUCAGACAGGUACAUUGCACCAGUGGUUUAAUUGUAAUCUGACCCAUAUCUAUCAUAGUUCUACUGAACCAAACUUACAGCACAAUAAGAAUCUAUGGUGUUGUAUGUUUGGUAUAGUCCAAGUUAGUGUGGGUCCACUUUUACAUCAUCAAUAUGGACGGUAUUUGACAACUUAACAGAGUAAAUUUAUUCUUCAGGUUGCUUUUUUGUUUUUAUUUUUCUAUUAAUUUAUUUAUGUAUGUAGAAUUAUGCUGAUAUAUAAAU